AUGAUGGGAACGGGAAAGGCCCUGGACGACACCGUCGACCCUGAAGACCACGGUCUCAUACCUAGAAUUUGCUCGGGAAUUCUUGAGCGAGUAGACCAGAUGGAACGCGAGGAAUCCGCGAGGCUUUCACAUCAAGGCAGUGUUCGCGGUGGCAGCCAAGGGCACAGGCUCGAGGGAUCUGAGGAACAUAGGGGGGGGUUCAGCGGGACAGGAGGAGAAGGAGGAGUAGGAGGAGGAGGAGGAGGAGGAGGAGGAGGAGGAGGACGUGGAAGUUCCUCUAGAAACACUAAAGGCGGUAACGAAGGCUUUCGCCACGGUGCCUCUGAACCGAACUGCAGCAAUACCAGCGUCGAAGAAGAAUCGUUUCCGGCGGCGAGGUCAUCAUCUCUUGCUACUGCUGCCGCUCGUAGUGGUGACGCGAUCGGAGGCUCGGGCCAGCUUGCCGGGAACAUUCAGUUGUCCGUUGAGGUCAGCUAUCUCGAAAUAUACAACGAGUCCCUCCGCGACCUGUUCAAUCCGGCGACAUCUUUUGUCGCGGAUGGUACUGGUGGGGGCCUACGGGAGCAAAGCUCGGCCGGUGCCAACGGUGGUUUCAUCGGGAGUGGGUCUGGGUUGCGCUUGAGAGAAGAUCCCCGCUCGGGCACGUACGUGGAAGGCUUGACCUCCAUCGCGGUUUCGAGCUGGGAAGAGAUGUCCCAGCUCCUGACAUACGGCGGGAGCGAGAGGACGGUCGCAGCCACGAACGCCAACGACUGGAGUUCCCGCAGCCACGCCGUGUUCACACUCACGUUUCGACAGGAAGCUGGUUCCAUCAACCGGUCUCUGGCCGCCCUAAGCGACGUCAUCAAGGUGAUGCUGGCGUGCAUCAGUCCUUGCGACGCUCACUACGAAGAGACUCUAGGGACGCUGCGCUAUGCCGAGCGUGCAAAGAGGGUCAGGACCCGGGCGAUCGCCAAUGCUCACAGGGGCGUGUCUCGGGAGGAAGUGGGGGGUGAACAGGCGAUGCUUGUGGAAAGACUAGCUGCUCAGGUCUUGGAUCUCAAGGAGCAACUUGCAAAAGCCAAUGCUACCAAGAUCUGCACGUCACCAGCGUCGACACAACCACCACUACAGCCAUCCACGGCGCCGAUGGCCGUGGAUAUAGACGCCGCCGCAGUGCUCCAGACCCCCGGUACCACCGGACAGCAAUCCCCAGCGGAUUUCCCCCACGAUCAGGUGGCCACGCGGGGGCAAGGGUACAUCUACGUGGUCGAUCCUUCCCUUCAAGGCGAGAUAGAACGGCUAAAGGAGACUGUUGCGGAGCGGGAUCGAAUCAUCAAGAGCAUGGAGAAGUUGGAUCAGACGAAGCGAAAGAAGUGGACAGCGGCCAGCCGCUACGGGUAUUGGACGCAGCAGCAGCUUCAGCCCACGACCGGGAGAUUAUGUGGACCCACCUUUGGACUGUUCUUCGGACUGUUCUUCAUCUUCGACUUCACCACGGCUGUCAAUAACCACGCCACCGCGGGCGGGUGGUUGGGUAAACCGCCUCAGCAACUCAAAUUGGGGUGUUUUCUUGUUGCUCUCACGUUCACGAAGGACCUCCUCUUCUCGGAGUGCAUUUCGUUUCCCAUCCGCAAAGAAGGAGCUCCUACGGUGGUGGGGAGCGGGGAAGAGGCCGACAUUCGCUUGGAUGGAGACGAUGUCCUACCCCACCACGCGACCAUAGUGCUGAGAACAGACGGAACCGCGGUGCUUUCUCCGACACCGGGAGCUCGCGUCCACAUCAACGGUGUCCUGAUCUCGGUCGGCGAGGAGGUGGCAUUGCCUGACAAGGGACAAGGAGGGGAAAGGGAAAUGGGGACCCCGGGGGAUCGACCUGGACAGUGGGGCGGAGAGCUCCGGCGGGACUAUCGGGUUGUCUUUGGCUCGCGUCAUUACUUCCGUGUUGACUGUCCCUUUCAACACCCUUCAACAGUAGUGCCAACAAGGAUAGACUGGGAUUUCGCGCAGGAGGAGAUCCGUGCAAACAACAACAGCACCUUCCGGCGUUGGCGCUCGUCCCCAGUAGCCGCGAGUAGCGUUUUGGACAUGGCCAGACCGGCAAACAAGGCCGGGACGGCGGCAGGAGUGGGGGUAGAUGUGGACGAAAAGCUGCAAGAGGAGUCGAAGCAGGUGCCACCGGGCGGUAGACAAGACAGCCAAUUGCUUGGCAACGUAGGCGUCUCAUUGCGAGGCCCGAUGGCGGAUACAACUGGGGAUUCCCCCGUAGCCAUGGACAAGCGAUCGGUGAGCCAGGCGUUGCCCAACCAGGAGACUCCGCGGGGUUACGAACGUGAGCCUUCGGUAGACAAGGUGUGGGCCAACGAGCCGUCAGAAACCUUGGCGCCCGGGGAUAUUGUGUUGACCGACGGCAACGCUCUACCUUCUCCAGGAACACCACAGGUGUCACUUUCGUCGCUGGAGCGGCCGGGUGCCGGAGACUCGUCGCGUGAGAUACAGCCGACAUCGGAAGUGCCGGCAUUAUCGACGGUACCACCAUCGCCAUGGCGGGCAGAAACAGAUGCUGCAGGUGGACCACCGGCAAAGACAACAGCGGCUUCAUCGACCCAUGAUAUCAGCAAUCUCGAUACCUUGUCGGAAGAAGGGUCGCCAAACAGACAACCGGAUAUGUUGCCAUCAUCCAUUGUGUCGGACGCCGAGUCAUCGAUGAUGCCGCUGCCGUCGUGUGAUUUCCUGCCGGUGACGGAAGGGUCGGUCGCGGCACCGAAGGAAGGAGAAAAACAAGAAAACCAACAAGUAGAGGGAGGAGAAGGAAAAGGACAUCGAUGCGGAAGUUUACAUGGCGGAAAAACGGCCGAAUCACCGCCUUUGUCUUUUGCCGAUUACGAUAGCCUGCCGCGCGGCGGGGUUUCUUCGACUCCAAGUUCGCCUGCGUCAACCGUACCGGUGGGCCAGAUUACAGAGAAUUCUCUCAAUCAGGGAAUCGACGAAGACCGAUUGAAGAAGGAAUGCCCGCCGAACGCAAACGAGGCUAGUAUUGGACCAUGUGGCGUUUCCUCCAUCGCCGAACAGGUUCUAGACCGAAAUAAUCGUGAGGCUGAGCAGCAACGGCUCUUGCCGUCGGCAUCGGAAGUGCCUGACGCGAGCAUUAGGGCAGCGGUCAUCAACAAGGCGACCCUCAUCGAGCUCAAGAGGGCGAGGGAGGCAUGGAGGGGGGCGGAGGGGGAGCUGGAGCGCAGCCAACAGGAGAGGGAUGAGCUGCGGGCUAUCCUACAAGCGGUGAGCGCCGUAGGAGAGGCAGCCGAAAGGCCUGUUCAAGAACAAGCUUCGGAACGACGCAGGGCUGAUCGGAAGGAGAAGCGGGAGUUGGACAAGGAAAAGGCGAAGGCUGAAUACAGAGCCAGGGAAUUGGAAGCGGAUAGAGAUCGGCUACGGCGAAUGCUCUCCAAGAGCGAUGAAGAAGUUGCGGAUUUGCGGGGGCAGCUGCAAAAGGCGCAGGCUACCACCAACACCACCGCCACCACCACCACCGAAGUUGCCGCUGUCGUCGAUGGUAUCCCUGUCAUAGCCGCUGCUAAUAAAGCUGAUGCAACCGACCCAUUGUCGAAACCACCGACAACACCGCCGUUAGCAAGAACGCCGCCGAAAACCGGAGCGCUGCCUCUGACACCAACGUUCAGCCCGGCAGCAGAGACUGAAGCAGCAUUAACAACAGCAACAGCGACGUCGUUUGGAAGUUGUCUCGGCAGCGAGGAGAACAGGCGAACUGGUGGCGCGACUGACGAAGCGAGGCACUCGGACACUAGCAGUAGGGGGCCGUGUCAGGUGCAGCAGUCCGGCACUGUUACGAUCAAUUCCAGCAACGCAGAGGUUCGACAACGCAGUGGUGAGAUGGAGGGAGACAUCGUCGCAGAGAAUGGGCAAAAAAUGCCAGUGGCGGCAACCUGGCGGAUAAAAGGCUCUGCAUUACGACGGCCCAACCAACCACGGUCACUCGUGCAGGAGGUUCAACAGCAACAGGAGAGAGUACCCCGGCAACAGAAGCUCCAGCCACUGCCGAAGCCGCUACCACCAACUCUGACACCACCAAGCGGGGACGAUCGAACUGAACAUAAACAAAGUAGGCCUUCACGAACACAAGACAUCGGACGAAGUAUCGACGUGGUUCUCGAUCUCCCGGGUGAAAAAAUAAAUAACCCAACAACCUCCGCCAAAGAUCUAUCUGGGAAAGACACCAUGGUCGCGAUGGGAGGAGAGAACCCUCCGGGUUGUCCGAUUUUACCAAUGUCUAGGGACGAUCUAUCGCUUGCGGGUGAGCCAGCGGAAGGCGACAGAGAAGGGUCAGAUUACCUUGGCGAUGUUUUAGAAGGACAGGAACGUGCAAAUCCCGAAGGAGCUGUGCGGUUUCGACUGAAACGCGAGGUAGAUAAGGUAUGGAUGGGCAAGGGGCCGGCGGGUGAAGAAGAACGAACGGCUGCCAAAGUCCCUUCCAGCAAACCUCACCGUACCUACCCACGUUCUUUUUGUGUUCGUCUGCCCACUCAAGUUGCGUCAAGGCCCCCUCAAUCCACCCACCCAUCAAAUGGCGGAGAUGACGGCGCCAUGGUGGGGCAGAAUCGGGCAGAUGCGGAGGUUGACAACCAUCUUCUUUGUCGGCGUUCCUUGAAUUCCUCGGUCGCCGACACCGGCCUGAGCUGGCGCAGAAAUAAACAAGGGCCCUUCACAGUAGCACCAAAGAGAUCGGGGACGGUUGAACUCGCUGGUUCUGCCACCCCAACCGGUGAAGCUACCCGUGGGAACAGCCAGGCAACGACUACACGGUCGCGCCUGGUUGACCGAGGGACAGGAGAUUUCUAUCGCGCCGCGCUCUCGACCCACCUUUCCUUCAUCGCGACCACUGCCGCUGAUGAUCCUGAUUCUGUCAAAACGGCUACCCAAGCUGGAGGUGAUCUACAGGAUGCGGGGAGAAGCGGUGUGGUGGGGGUGGGAGAGGCUUGCAGGACGUUCCAGGGUGACAUGGCGGGAGUGCGGCAGGUGAAGCAGAUGCCAACCUAUUUUUUUCACGUAGCGAUGGAGAGUUUCUUGGUGUGCUUGGCAAGUGCUCGUUGGAAACCACUGUCACCUACGUUUAUUGGUACCUCCAUUUGUUUGGAGCUGGUCUAG